AGAAUUAUUUAUCUUAUCACAAGUGGAAUACACAUUACAGAGUUAAUAAAAAUGUUUAUUUAUAAUAAAAUACGAGUAUCUGGUUCAAGUAUUUUAGUUUAUUUAUAUUUGUAGAGUUUGAUUUUAAAUUUCUUUGUUCCUAAACUCCAAAUUAAUAGGAGAAUUGCCUGGUAAUUAAGUGUAAUAGCUAAGAAAAGUUUUCGUUUCAAAUUUUCUGGUUACAAUGAUAAAGUCAGUUUUUUGUUUUGCGGUACAUAUAAUUUUUUAUGCUUCAUCAUCAUGUAGAUCACUCCAACCGAAUAUAAUUUUCAUAUUAGCCGAUGAUUUGGGAUGGAAUGACGUUGGAUUUCAUGGAUCAAAUCAGAUACCGACGCCGAAUAUUGACGCCUUAGCAUAUUCUGGAAUAAUUUUACAAAAUUAUUACGUAAAUCCAAUUUGUACUCCUUCUAGGAGUGCUUUGAUGACAGGCAAACACCCUAUACAUACUGGUAUGCAGCAUACUGUACUCUACGGAGCUGAAGCUAGAGGUUUACCCCUAAACGAAAAACUUUUACCCCAAUAUUUGAACGAUUUAGGUUACGACAGUUAUAUAGUAGGAAAAUGGCAUUUAGGUUCAUAUAAACGUGAAUACACACCUUUAUAUAGAGGAUUCAAAUCACACAUCGGGUUUUGGACCGGCCAUCACGAUUAUAACGAACAUACAGCCGUUGAAAAACCCGGGUGGGGUUUGGAUAUGCGACGAAACUUGUCUGUAGCUUACGAUUUGCACGGAAAUUAUUCUACGGAUAUAUUUACUCAAGAAUCCGUUAGGAUUAUUCACGAACACGAUUCCAAUAAACCUUUUUUUCUUUAUAUCGCCCACGCGGCAGUUCAUUCCGGAAAUCCUUACAACCCUCUACCGGCACCGGACAAUCUAAUCAAAACAUUCACGGAUAUCGAUGAUUAUAACAGAAGAAGAUUCGCAGCUAUACUUACGAAACUCGACGAUUCCGUUGGUGCUGUAGUUAAAGCUUUAUACGAUAGCGGAAAAUUGGAAAAUAGUAUAAUAAUAUUUUCCAGCGAUAACGGCGGACCGGCUGCCGGUUUUAAUUUGAACGCUGCUUCUAAUUUCCCGCUCAGAGGUGUCAAAAAUACGUUAUGGGAAGGGGGAGUGAGAGCGGCGGGGUUGUUAUGGUCGCCGUUACUUGAAAAACCCCAUAGAAUUGCUAAACAAAGUAUGCACAUCGUCGAUUGGCUACCGACGAUUAUAGAUGCUGCUGGUGGAAAUUCGAGUCGUAGACAUAUUUGUAACAUCGAUGGUAUAACCCAAUGGAAUGCGCUAUCAAAAGAUACACCGUCGAUAAGAAAAGAGAUUUUGCAUAAUAUCGACGAUAUUUAUGGUAAUUCUGCUAUAACUGUAGGACCUUGGAAAUUAUUACAGGGUACAACUUAUAAUGGUACGUGGGACUGGUGGUAUGGACCUAGUGGAAGGAUAUACAAAUAUAAUGUCUCAUCUAUUAUUAAUUCAUCAGCAGGACGAGUUUUGAAAUAUAUAAAUAAAGCAGCUGAUGAAGAAGAAAUUCUCAAAUUAAGACAACAAGCUACUUUAAAUUGUUCUAAUAUAACAAAUUCUAAUGGUAAUUGUAAUCUAAUGGAAGAAAUCUGUUUAUUUAAUAUUGAAGAUGAUCCAUGCGAACAGAAUAACGUCGUUAAAAAUAAUCCCACUAUAGUUCAAUGGUUAAAAGAAAUCCUUGAUCGGUAUAAUAAGACUGCAGUACCUCCGGGAAACCUUCCUUUGGAUCCAAGAGGGGAUCCGAAAAAUUGGAAUUACGUUUGGACGAAUUUUGGUGAUAUGUAAUUUGAUAAUAUUAAUUCCAUUAUUAAUAAAUAUUUCAAUCGAA